AUGUUGGUACAGCAGCAGCAGAUGAUUAUUCAGCAGCAGGCAGCUCAGGAGGAGAGGCAGCUGAAGUAUCAGGCUGAUAUUAUUCGCCAGCAGGAGCAGCAGACAUUGAUUAUUCAGUCUCUCCAGCAGCAGCAGCAGGCCAUGCUUGCAGCACUUCUACAGCAGCAGCAGCAGGCUCUAUCGGCCGACAGGGAGACUAACACUCGGCUCUUCUCAUACUUACUUCAGCAGCCAGGACAGCAGCUUCCAGCAUCAGCUUCAGUUCCUAGUCCCCUCCCUACCGGCACCACUAGUUUGCUCAGCACUCCGGAGUCCAGUUUUCCACUAUCCGCUCUUUUGGCUACCAGAGUUCUCUCAGAGCUUGUCAGGACAUCUCAGAGGCUAGUGUUACCUUCUUUGACUUCACCUCUGCCCACUGGUCCUCUACACUUCGAGGAUACUCCCCAGCCGACAGUUCCUGAGCAGCAGCAGCCAGUCAUGCCAUCACCAGUUUCUGAGCCUGCCCUUGAUGAGCCCGAUGCUACCCUUCAGUCAGUGCAGCGUCAGCUUGAUGAGGUGACAGCAGUUGCGGGGCACAGUCCGUCCAGCUCAGAUGACGGCUCUCAGUUUGUCGUGGCCCCCUCUUCUGCAGCAGAUCCUCAGUCUCCUCCCGCUCCAGAUGCUUAG